UCGAUAUUUUGCUGCGACGUUCGAUUCAAAAUAACAUCCGCCUAGAUCGGAAGUAUCGACCUUUCUGGAUCGAUGCGCACAUCCCCAGUAGACGGGAAGAUGGCGGCCCUAGCGUUGGUUAGCCGUCCUGCGAGUGUCCUUCCAAAGAUUUCAAGCAGCUGCUCCCCUGCUGUGUUAUCCGCCGCAUCUGUCAUCACAGUUCAGCAGAGGAAGCUGCACCAUGCCGUCGUCCCCAAAGGGAAAGGAGGACGCUCCUCGUUCAGUGGAAUAGCAGCCACUGUGUUUGGUGCCACGGGUUUCCUGGGCCGAUACGUGGUCAACAGGCUGGGUCGGAUUGGCUCUCAGAUUGUAAUCCCUCACCGCUGUGAUCAGUAUGACAUCAUGUACCUCAGGCCCAUGGGUGAUCUCGGUCAAGUCAUUUUUAUGGAGUGGGAUGCUAGGAACAAAGACUCCAUCAAACGGGCUAUUGAGAACUCUAAUGUCGUCAUCAACCUGGUGGGCAGAGAGUGGGAGACAAGAAACUAUCGCUUUGAGGAUGUCUUCGUCAACAUCCCUCAACAUAUUGCCAAGACAGCCAGAGAAGCCGGCAUCACAAAGCUCAUCCACAUGUCCCACCUCAACGCUGAUAUACGCAGCACGUCCAAAUAUCUCAGGAACAAGGCUGUAGGAGAGCAAGCAGUGAGAGAUGAGUUCCCCGACGCAAUCAUCAUGAAGCCCUCUGAAAUGUUUGGGAGAGAGGACAGAUUCUUCAACUAUUACGCAAACAUGCGCUGGUUUGGAAACGCUGUUCCUCUUAUUUCUCUGGGAAAGGAUACAGUGAAGCAGCCUGUACAUGUGGUGGAUGUGGCCAAGGCCAUCAUCAAUGCUGUCAGAGACCCAGACGCUAAUGGGAAGACGUAUGCACUUGUUGGUCCCAACCGGUACCUCCUUCAUGACCUGGUGGAGUACAUUUACGGGGUGGCACACAGGCCUUUUGUGCCCUACCCUGCGCCUCGGGUAUUCUACCUGCUGGCUGCCCAGAUUUUUUCAAAGACCCCAUUUGAGCCAUGGGUAACCCCAGACAAAGUGGAAAGGUUUCACACAACGGACAUGAAGUACCCAGGACUUCCCGGUCUGGAGGAUCUCGGCAUCACAGCUUCCACCGUAGAACAAAAGGCAAUUGAGAUUCUGCGUCGCCAUCGCCGCUUCCGUAACCUGGAAGCUGACCUGGAUGUGACUAAGCCAGCCAAGACUGUCAACUAUUGAACUACUUGAUGAGGAAUCUCCUUUAAAUGAUUUGUCUCCGACUAUAUUCUGUACAUAAAUAAAUAAAUAAAAACAAGUAUCCUCUAAA